ACCUCUGAACUUUUACGUAACACCGCAUGCGUUAUCUAGCUGCACAACUUGAAAUAUGUAAUAUUACAAUUUCUGAUUGUAUGUGUCUUAAAAUCUAAUACAUUUUUUUAUUUCUAAUUUUGUACGGGGCUAAUGAAACACUUGCUCUUUGGCGUUUUUGUGGUGUGUUCUUCAUAGUUUUAACCUCUUGAAGGGAUUUAAUAAUAAAGCAUUAACAUUGUAAAAUGGGCAAGACGCAGAAGAAAAAGAACUUAUCAGAUAAAGUUAGAAAGACGAAAACUUCUACAGAAGUAAAAAAUAACCCUUUUGAGGUGAAAAUUAACAAACAGAAGUUUAACAUCCUUGGAAGAAAAACAAAACAUGAUCGUGGUCUUCCUGGAGUAUCUCGAUCCAAAGCAAUUAAAAAGCGUCGAGAGACCCUCCUGCAGGAGUACAAACAGAAGGACAAGUCCCGUGCAUUCAUUGACAAGAGGUUUGCUGAGUAUGACACCAGACUUGCACCAGAGGAGAAGAUGAUGAAGAGGUUUGCUUUGGAGAGACAGCGUACUUAUGAAAAGAAGGACAUCUACAAUCUAAAUGAAGAUGAAGAACUUACCCACUAUGGACAGUCCUUGGCAGACAUCGAGAAACUAAUUGACAAUCCUGAUAGUGAAAGUGACACAGAGGACAAGGGAAUACUAUCAGCGGAAUUCACUGCUGGAGCACAUUUUGGAGGAGGAGGAGGUUUGCUGCGUAAAAAAGUAUCUUCAGAGGAACAAGCUCAUGAGGAGGAUGAGGAGAAGAAACCUAAAUCUCGCAAGGAGUUGAUAGAAGAUCUGAUUGUAAAAUCCAAGAAGGAGAAGUACGAGCGCCAGACCCAACGAGAAAAGGCUACUGAAUUAACUUUGAAGCUCGAUAAUGACUGGAAGGAAAUCCAAGCAUUGCUGGCCCAUAAGACUCCAAAAUCUGAGAGAAACAACAAGGAAGAAGCAAAAUCUAAGCAAGAAGACUAUGACAUCAUUGUUCGAGAACUUGGGUUUGAAAUGAAGGCAAAACCCUCUGAUCGUUUGAAGACUGAGCAGGAACUUGCAAAGGAAGAGCGAGAGCGUCUCCAGAAGCUAGAGGCAGAUCGACUUCGUAGAAUGCGAGGGGAGGAUCCAGAAAAUGAGACAUGCAAGAAACCUGACCAUAUAUCUGCUGAUGAUCUGAAUGAUGGCUUCAUCUUGGAUAAAAGUGAUAAACAGACCCUAAUGUAUAAAGAUGGGAAAUUCAUGAUUGAAGGAGAACAGUGUGAAGAUGAAGAACUAGAAGCUGAAGAUGAAGAAAGCGAGAAUCAGGAGGAAGACAGCAAUGAGGAAGGCGAUGCUGACAGCAGUGAUGCUGAUGAGGACAUUGGUGGUGGUGGUGAUAGUGACGAUGCUGAAAACUCUGAAGCCAGUGAUGGAAGUGAAAGUGAAGAUAACCACUCUGAUCUUAAUUCGGAUUCUGGAAAUGAAGGCAAAGAGGCCGUAGCUAAGGAAAAAAGCGAACAAAAAGUCAAAGUAAAAGAACAAGUGUUAAGUGAAGAAGAGAAAAAAGCUAUGACAGAAGCAGCAAAAUCUGAAUUGCCAUUUACAUUUCCAGCUCCAGAAACACUUAAUGACUUGAAAUCAUUACUUGUGGACUACUCAGCCGAAAAGCAGUGUGUCAUCAUUGAAAGAAUUCUGAAGUGCAACCACCCAAGUCUGGCAGCAGGAAACAAAGUCAAACUAGAGAAAUUAUUUAGCUUCCUCUUUGAGUAUGUUGGAGAACUUGCAACUGGGCAACCACCAGGAUUUCGCUGCAUUGACAUGAUGGUCCCCCAUCUGUAUAACCUAUGCCAGAUGUUCCCGGACUCUGCAAGCAGCCAUAUUCAGUCUGUUUUGAAAAACAGCAUUCACAAAAUAGAUCAAAUGGUAGAGACCAAAGGAAGAGGGACAUUACCAGGGCUGGAAACAAUAGUUUAUUUGAAGAUUACAGCAGCUUUGUAUCCAACAUCUGAUUUCAGACAUCCAGUGGUAACACCUGCCUUGGUUCAUAUGAGCCAAAUCAUUACUAAAUGUUCUGUUGGCACACUUCAGGACGUAGCUACAGGGCUGAUCAUAUGCUGUUUAUUCCUUGAAUAUGUAUCUCUUUCCCAGCGAUUUGUACCUGAAGUCAUCAACUUCCUUUUAGGAGUCCUUCACUUAGCAGUGCCUAAUACAGAAAAUCUAGGAUAUACACUAGUACCACCCUUCAGGUGCUCAGGGCGAGCAUCUGAACUGCUGUUAAUUAAAGACAAAGCUGCCCUAGACUCAUGGGAAAUGAAACCAGUCUCUCUCUCUGCUGUAAUACGUGUGGAAGAGGAGGAUGAAUUGGGACAGAACCAUUUCGGGUUGUCUUGUGUAGCACUGAGCUUGGAUUUGAUCAAAAGGUGUAUUGUACUCUAUGGAUCAUUACCAGCGUUCCAUGAAAUAAUGCAGCCUAUCAGGACUCUAAUUUCCCAGCACCUACCCAUGGACCAGUUCCCACAACAACUGCAGAAACUGUCUCAGGACGUAUUGAAAGAAAUUGAAAGCAAACCCAGACUGUAUAAUGGCUUGGUAUUUGAAAAGAAGAAACCAGUUCCAUUAAAAUUGUAUACACCCAAGAUAAAAGAAGUCUUGGAUUUUGGACGUAAACGAGGGGGCAGUAGACAAGAACGGGAACGAAUGCGAUUGGUUCAUAAACACAAACGGGAGUUCAAAGCAGCCAUUAGAGAAAUUCGCAGGGAUAACCAGUUUCUUGCUAGGCACCGUCUGGCAGAGACUCUAAACAAGGAUUCUGAAAGAAAAAGGAAGGUAAAAGAUCUGUUUAACAGUCUGAGUGCCCAGGAGGGUGAAUGGAAGUCUUUGAAGAAGAAGAAAUUGAAAGGCUGAGCAAAGAGCGAAACAUUCACCGACAGAGAGUAUGACCACCCAGUAGCAAAAGAGAAGAUCAUGCUGGUUCCUAGAAAUAUAGGCUGCCUUUAUGAUAUUUGGUCAUUGUUUGGUUUUAUUGUAUAAACUGUACAGAUUUAUAGCUUAAUUUCUGCUUGUAGCAGAUGACUUGAUUUCAAUUUUAUAUGCUGCACACAUCUUGAAUACUAAAAGGCUGUAUAUAGAACCUGACUUUGGUCUAAUUUACUGUCUGCAGACAUAACAUUGUGGCUUUUAAGCGUAAUAGUUAAGGUGUUUACCUCACCAAUUUGUUACAUGCAGCAUUUAGGUCCUUGUAAUGGAACUGUGAGUAGUUGUAAAUAUAAACAGUUUAUUUA